CUAAAGCGUCUCACGGCCUACCGUCCUUCUCCUUGUGUGACGGACCGGAAGUCCCGGCCCUGAGGGGCAGGUGCUAUCGAUCUCCCGAUCUCAUCCAUCUCCAGAUGAGGCCUCCAGAUCAGGCCAGUUUCACGCCCUUUCGGCAACCUCCAGCACCCUCCCGCUCCUUCGGCGAUAUCGAUGCCGUUCUCGCACAGUGGAUAGCCGUGCCGUCGAGAUCUGUGGUUGAUUUGCUCGACUUGGCCUCUCCUGCAGCAGCAACAGCCAGAAGGAGUACCGAGUGCUUGCUCCCCUCGGACGCUGUCGGCGAGAUUCCCGCCGCCAGCCGCAGUGACCGACACCAAGAUUCCAGCCCCUCUCUGUCUUCCUGUGGUCAUGGCGGUGCGAAGGAGGCCACGGGCGGUUCUCCUGGAAAGUACCUGGCGAUGGAUCUAGGCGUGUGGGGGAUGCCGGAGCGCUAUCGACUGAGGUUCUACCUUCCCGACACGCCGGAGAAGCUGUUCUUCUGGUGGAGGAUACUUUGUAAGUGCGUGGGGAAGCUCCUGUCCUACUUACACAUGUGUGCUGGUCUUGGUGUAUUGAUGCAGACUGUGCGGGUAUGUGGAUGGUCUGCCUCCGCGUGAGCUGUUUUGUCCUACUGCCCGACGUCAAAUGGGCUCGCUAUCUCAUCUUAAGUGGCAUUGGUGAGCGGAACGAGCACAUGUCCACGUGCGAGAAGCACUGGGUUGCCCUCCACUCAUUCCUUCUCUGCUUGGUUGGUGUUUGUUUAUUUGUUUGCGCGUUUUGCAGUCGGUCACAUUCUACAGGCUCUUGUGAACCCUCUGUUCAUCUACGGAACGUACCUGAACAUCGCUGUGCAGGGGGCGGUGUGCACUUAUGGCAUCCUUAUAUUGGGGGUCACCCUGCUAUACGCACGUAGGUCCAAUGAAUGAGCCGGCUAAGAAUCGGUCUCUCCCUCCAUGUAUGUAUGUAUGUGUGUAUGUAUGUGUGUAUGUGGGUGUAGCGUUCGGAUAUUCGGCAACUCUACUGCUUGUGAGUGCGGAAACUGCCCUCUGCGCUGCCUGGUUUGCUCUAAUUGCGCAGCCGCGGCUCUUUGGAGACGAGGAGAUGGUCAAGAGGAUGAGCGGCUUCCCUGUGCCCGGGCUCUUCACGCUGCCGGCCACAUACAGCCUGGUGUCUGUCCCUCCCACACGCCUGCUGUCGGCUUCUGAGCACACGUGGGCGGAUCAGAACGGGGUAUUCUCUCUGGUGCGCAAGUAUGUGCCCUGCACGAGGUCGAUCGACGAGUUGGACUUCUGCCGACUGCUCAAGUACGUGGCCUACCUGGGGACAGCCUUGGACUACUUGUCCGAUCUAGGUGCGAUAAGUGGGUGGGUGGUUGUGUGGGAGCAUGUAGUCGCUUACUCACCUACUGUUUUGUUGGUGCUGCUGUUUGUUGCUCAUGUAUGCAGCCGUUGGGAUGGGCAUGGUGUCGCAUGGUAAUGCCCUCUGGCCCGGAGUCACCAUUCUGAUUCUCCGCCAAGUGGACACCAUGAGCGCAGCCAUUUCUUACGGCAUCCGCACCAGGGCGACGCUGCGGCAGCACGUGUACAUGUUCGCGGCGUCCCUGUUCGAGGUGCCCAUCCUGGUUCUGACCAUCUUGUAUGGGGCUCGGUCGACCGACACAGUGACGAUGGUGAUUUCCAUCAUGGCCACAUCCACCACAAUAGUCAUCAAGGGACUCGCCACGCUCCAUACCAUCAUGGUGCAGCGGCUGCGAGCCAAGACUGGCCCGGGUGGGAAGCCGAGCAUGACGCCGCGCACCAUGAGCACCGAAUGGCCCACUGAGGCUGGAUGCAGUGAUGGAUGCAUGGAUGUGGAAGUGGGGAGGGGAAAUUAAGGAGGGGCCUGUGUGAGGUGUGGGUACGACAGGACGCUGGCUGUAUUUAUGCCAGUCAGUCUGCCAGUCACGUGAUUUUUCCUUCCUGUACUCGUGUCCCUCCCGUGACUGAUGGAUGGAUGCCAUCACUGGAGCAUCGUCUUGAUUGAUUGUUGCCUCUGGCUCCACGAUGGAUGUGAUUUCUCUGCUGUGUAUGUCAUGCACUUGGUGCUUAAACAAGCCCAUGCGCACUACUCAAUCAGAGGCAGCGAUGGGAUGGGUUGUGGGUCGUGGGUUGUCGGAUCCUGUGUCUCUUGUGUGUGCACGUGUGGGCGGUGUGUGUGCGUGUGUUACGGAUUCAAUCGCCCGCGUUGAAUGGAUUGUGAUCGCUGUGAAUGGAUUGUGGCCCUGUACCGAGGCUUGCUUUGCUGGCAAGACAUUCUUCUCAGCCGAUGAGUUGGAUGUGCUGCAUGUGGUGUG